AACGAGUCGCUCGCUUAGAUAGUCGAGCGCGGCUGCAUCAAUUAUACGUUGCGCAUCGAUUCGCUGCCGUGCGCAACUGUCGCAGCCAGCAAACGGUCGCCGCGCCGCAGUCAGGCAAGUAAGCAUGCGCCGCGCCCUCACCCUAGCCGCGCCGCGCCUCACGCUCGCCAUGCGACGCAUGAGCACAGCCUCGACGAUCGCGCACGCCAAGCAUUGUUUGAGGACGGCGGAUGCUGUUUGUUUUGACUUCGACAGCACGCUCAUUGGAGAAGAAGGCAUCGACGUCCUGGCGGAGCACUGCGGCGCCGGCCCGGCCGUCGCGGCCUGGACGACGAAGGCGAUGGACGGUGGUGUAAAGUUCGAGGACGCGAUCGCAGCUCGAUUGGACCUCAUCAAGCCGUCGAAGGACGACGUCGCCGAAUGUUUAAGGAGGCAUCCGCCGCCGGUCACGCCCGGCGCGGCGGAGCUCUGCGCGGCGCUGGCGGAGCGCGGCACUGCCGUCUAUGUGGUGUCUGGCGGGUUUCGGGCCAUGAUCGAGGCGACGGCUCUGGAGGCCUUCGGCGUCCCGAAGGAGCGCAUAUUCGCGAACACCAUCCUGUGGGAUGCCAACGGCGAGUACAGCGGUUUUGACGCUUCCGAACCGACCUCGCGGGACGGGGGCAAGCCCGCAGUGAUCGCGAAACUUAAAAAAGAAGGCGCCCAGACGAUCGUCAUGGUUGGCGACGGCGCGACGGACGCCCAGGCGAAGCCGCCGGCCGACGCGUUCAUUGGUUUUGGGGGCGUCGUGGCGCGGGACGCCGUCGUGGCGAAGGCGGACUGGUUCGUCGAGGACUUCCACGACGUCGUCGCGGCGCUCGCCGAGGACUGAUCGCGGCGACGGCGUGCCGCACAUAUCUAUUUAUCGAAUCAAGUCGUAGUCGUUCUGUAUUUAUAAAAC